AUGAAGGAAAAGAGAAGAGACAAAAGGCAGAAAAGCGAAGCAAAUAUUGUAUUGAAAAAAAGAAAACUCUCAACAACUUUACAAAGUAAAAAAAUCAACAAGAAGCCAAAGCACAUUCGCAAUGUUAAGUUUGCUGACGAUGAUACUGAACCUGAGAGUUAUUCUGAAAGCGAGCUUUGUGUUGAUGAUGACUUAGACGACGUUGAUCCUUUCCCAACCCAUGAAGAUGACAUCUGUUUAAUUUGCGGAGAGUUUGGAAGGGACAACGAGGUCUGGUGUCACUGUAAUUCCUGCUCAAAGUGGGCCCAUGCUGCUUGUAUGAGAAGUAGUGGAAAGGAGAAAGAAAAAAUCUACCUUUGUGACUUCUGUUGCUAG